AUGGUCCGCAGCCGGCCUGCGUCCCGCUGGACGCUAUUGCUGUCCCUGCUAGUCCUCGUCGGAUGCAUUGUUGUCCCCGGACUGACGGUCAAACACGAGAAUUUCAAAACAUGCGCUCAAUCGGGGUUCUGUAAACGCAAUCGGGCAUACGCCGACAAUGCUUCGGAGAAGGGCGACUCGUGGACCUCGCCCUAUGAGCUCGACCCAGCCACGGUGCACUUCAAAGAUGGCCAACUGACUGGAAUCCUGAUUAAAACAACCGCUGCCAAUGAGAAACUCCGGCUACCCCUAACCGUGUCCUUCCUCGAAUCCGGUGCUGCCCGCUUGAUCGUUGACGAGGAGGCGCGCUUGAAGGGCGAUAUUGAACUCCGCCAUGACAGCAAAGUGAACAAGAAGCGGUAUGACGAUACUGGGAAGUGGGUCCUUAAUGGAGGCUUGGAAGUGUGCAAGUCGGCGACGCUGAAUGCCCAAACCGAGACUGGCUUCACCAAGGUGCUCUACGGCCCUGGCGAUGCUUAUCAGGCAGUCAUCCGUCACUCUCCGUUCCAUGUCGACUUCCAAAGAGACGGGCAGACGCACGUACAACUGAAUGACCGGGGCCUCUUGAAUAUGGAACACUGGAGACCGAAAGUGGAGAAGGAAGGAGAAGACCGCCCGGAGGAAGAGGAUACCUGGUGGGAAGAGACCUUUGGCGGCAACACUGACUCCAAGCCGCGUGGUCCGGAGAGUAUUGCCCUUGAUGUCACUUUCCCGGGUUACAACCAUGUGUUUGGUAUCCCGGAGCAUGCGGACUCGAUGUCGCUCAAACAGACUCGAGGCGGCGAAGGGAACCACAAUGACCCAUACCGCAUGUACAACUCGGAUGUUUUUGAGUACGAACUCAGCAGCCCCAUGACUUUGUAUGGUUCCAUUCCGUUCAUGCAGGCUCACCGCAAGAACUCCACUGUUGGUGUCUUCUGGCUCAAUGCAGCCGAAACCUGGGUCGACAUUGUCAAGUCAACCACAUCUGCCAACCCGCUCUCCCUGGGCACCAAGUCGAAAACUAACACUCAAACCCAUUGGUUCUCUGAGUCUGGUCGUCUCGACCUCUUCAUCCUCCUCGGCCCCUCCCCGAAAGAGAUUAGCAAGACCUACGGCGAACUCACGGGGUAUACGCAAUUGCCCCAGCACUUUGCUAUUGCCUAUCACCAAUGUCGCUGGAAUUAUGUGACCGACGAAGAUGUCAAGGAGGUGGACGCCAAGUUCGACAAGUACCAGAUUCCCUAUGACGUGAUCUGGCUCGACCUCGAAUAUACCGACGACCGCAAGUACUUCACCUGGGAUCCGCUGACCUUCCCCAACCCGAAGGGCAUGGAGGAACAGCUUGAUGACCACGAGCGUAAGCUGGUGGUGCUCAUUGAUCCUCACAUCAAGAACGCCGACAACUACUUUGUGUCGCAGGAGCUGAACAGUAAGGGGCUCGCCAUCAAGAACAAGGAUGGCGAUGCCUAUGACGGGUGGUGUUGGCCAGGUUCGUCCCACUGGGUCGACUGCUUCAACCCAGCCGUCUAUCCCUGGUGGUCUAGCCUGCACAAGUAUGACCGGUUCAAGGGUUCUCUGCCCAACGUGUUUAUCUGGAAUGACAUGAGCGAGCCUUCGGUAUUCAAUGGCCCGGAAACAACCAUGCCCAAGGACAACGUGCACUAUGGUGACUGGGAGCACCGUGAUGUCCACAACCUCAACGGUCUCACCCUGAUCAACGCAACCUACCAGGCACUUCUGGAGCGCAACAAGGGUGAGAUGCGCCGGCCGUUUAUCCUGACGCGCUCGUACUUUGCUGGCGCCCAGCGAGGUUCAGCCACUUGGACCGGCGAUAACCAGGCCACUUGGGAACACUUGGGUGUCUCCCUGCCAAUGGUUCUCAACAACGGCAUUGCAGGAUUCCCCUUCAUUGGUGCCGACGUUGGCGGAUUCUUCCACAACCCGGAGAAAGACUUGUUGACGCGGUGGUAUCAGGCGGGCAUCUGGUAUCCGUUCUUCCGUGCCCACGCUCACAUCGACACCCGCCGCCGUGAGCCGUACCUCGUCCCGGAGCCCCACCGGUCCAUUAUCUCUCAGGCCAUCCGUCUGAGAUACCAGCUCCUGCCAGCCUGGUACACGGCCUUCCACGAGGCCUCGGUCAACGGCACUCCGAUCGUGCAGCCCCAGUACUACGUCCACCCAGAUGACGAGGCGGGCUUCGCCAUUGACGAUCAGCUCUACCUGGGCAAUACCGGUAUCCUUGCGAAGCCCGUGGUACGCGAGAAUGUCGACGUCGCUCAUGUCUACCUUGCCGACGACGAGAAGUACUACGAUUACUUCGACUACACGGUCUACCAGGGCGCCGGCAAGACCCACGCCGUUCCUGCGCCGAUCGAGAAGACGCCCGUGCUGAUCCAGGGUGGUCACAUCAUCCCCCGCCGAGACCGUCCUCGCCGCAGCAGCGGUCUGAUGCGCUGGGACCCGUACACCCUGGUGAUCACCCUGAACAAGAACGGCGAGGCCGAGGGUUCCCUGUAUGUGGACGACGGCGAGACCUUCGACUACGAGCGCGGUGCCUACAUCCACCGCCGCUUCCAAUUCCGGGAUGGCGCGUUGUCUUCGGAGGAUAUUGGCACCAAAGGCCCCAAGACGGCGGAGUACCUGAAGACCAUGAAGGACGUCAAGCUCGGACGCGUGGUAAUCAUCGAUCCGCCGGCUGCCUGGACGAAACAGUCCACCGUGGGCGUCAGUGCGGAUGGGCAGAUGGUUGGCACGGCGCCGCUGGAGUUCUAUGAGCAGCAGGGCGGGAAGGCGUCGUAUGCCGUGGUGAAGAAUCCGAACGUGGGCAUUGGAAUGGCGUGGCAACUCGGAUUCCCCAAGAUCUGA